AUGCUAUCACCAUACCUAUCCAAACUAAAUUCUGCAAGGAUCAUUCUUGCUUCCUCUAGCGUUGGAAGACAGAGAAUUCUAGCCCAAUCUGGCUUAAAGUUUAUAUCUUCUCCUAGUACCUUCGCUGAGGAUUUACCAAAAUCUUCCUUUACUCAUGAAGAGUAUGUCAAGAAGACAGCAGAAGGCAAACUUAAUGAUAAGUUAGAAGAACUUAGAAAAAUCUGUGAAAAUGGAGAUUCAGCCCAAGAUUUCAUGACUACCAAAGAGCCUACAAUUGUAAUUGUAGGAGAUACUGUCAUUUCAUACCAAGACCAAAUCAUUGAAAAGGCUGAGGAUGAGCAACAUGCUGCUGAAAUCUUAAGAUUGCUGUCAGGAGGUACACACGACUGUAUCUCAAGCGUAUUUAUCUCCUUCUUAGAUAAAGAUAUGAAUGUGAUAGCCCAAAAAGAUAUUUUCGAGAAAACUACUAUUGAACUUCAUGACUAUUCUGACCAAGUUAUAGAAGAUUUCGUGAAGACCGGAAAAGCCUUUGGUAUUUCCGGAUGCUACAAUAUCAACACUGAAGCAGCUACUUUUGUAAAGAGUAUCAAUGGAUGCUAUUACAACCUUGGUGGAUUCCCUCUUUCCAGUUUCUGCUUGACUCUCAUUGACAUGUUAGAAGAGACAGGAUUUCUCGAGGAAUAG